AUGCCAAACAAAUGUCGAGGUAUUGGUAUUGAUUUGGGUACAACUUAUUCGGCAAGUGUUUUCUAUGAUGGAAAAAUUGAAAUAAUUGCCAAUAAAGAAGGUAAUCAAAAAACAUCAUCAUAUGUUGCAUUUACGGAUACAAAACGUUUAAUUGGCGAUGCAGCAAAAAAUCAAAUUAAUUCAAAUCCAUACAAUACAGUUUUUAAUGCACAACGUCUUAUUGGACAUAAAUUUGAUGAUUCAAUAAUUCAAUCUGAUAUAAAUUAUUAUCCAUUCAAAGUAGUAAACAAGGAUGGGAAACCAAAUAUUCAAGUUGAAUAUAAAAAAGAAACAAAACUAUUCACAGCUGAAGAAAUUCUAGCAAUGAUUUUAUCAAAAAUGCAAGAAAUAGCUCAAGCGUAUAUUGGGAAGAAGCUUUCCGAAGUUGUCAUAGGUGUACCAGCUUAUUUUAAUUAUUCACAGCGGCAAGCGAUAAACAAUGCUGGCGCUAUUGCGGGCCUUAACGUUCUACGUAUUAUUAAUGGAUCCACACUAGCUGGCAUGGCUUAUGGUUUUCAUAACAAAGUUUCAAAAGAACAAAAUGUGUUAAUCUUUGAUUUGGGUGGUGGCACUUGUAAUGUAUCUGUUUUAAUAAUAGAAGAUGGAAUUUACGAAGUUAAAUCAACAACCGGUGAUACACACUUGGGUGGUGAAGAUUUUGACAAUCGAAUGAUCACAUAUUUUCUUCAAGAAUUUAAAAGAAAACAUAACAAGGAUUUAUCUGUCGAUAAACGUGCUCUUCGACGAUUACGCACGGCUUGCGAGUCAGCUAAACGUACUUUAUCAUCAUCUUUGCAAGCUUCGAUUGAAAUCGAAUCUUUAUUCGACGGCAUUGAUUUCUAUUCCAAAAUAACUCGCACUUGUUUUGAAGAGCUUUGUGCUGAUUUAUUUCGUGCAACACUAGGACCCGUUGAAAAAGCACUACGUGAUGCUAAAAUGGAUAAAUCACAAAUUCAUGAAAUUGUUCUUGUUGGUGGUUCAACACAUAUACCACAAGUACAAAAACUGUUACAAGAUUUUUUCCAUGAAAAAGAACUUAAUAAAUCAAUUAAUCCAGAUACUGCUGUUGCUUAUGGUGCAGCUAUUCAAGCUGCGUUAUCAACAGAUGAUAGAUCAGCAAAUAUUGAAGAAGUUCUUUUACUUGAUGUUACAUCCUGUUCAUUCGAUAUUGAAGGACCUGAUGGUAUUAUGAUACCAGUAAUUAAACGGAAUACAACCACUCCAAUUAUACAAACUCACACAUUGACAACAUAUGCAGAUAAUCAAACAAGUAUACUUAUUAAGGUUUAUGACGGUGAACGUACAAUGGUCAAAGAUAAUUAUCUAUUAGGACAAUUUGAAUUAUCAAAAAUUCCACCAGCGCCACGAGGAGUACCACAAAUUGAAGUUAAAUUUUCUAUGGAUGACAGAGGUACAUUAUUUGUGUCAGCUAUAGAUCAAAGUUCUGGAAAAGAAAACGAAAUUAUCAUAGUAAAUGAUCAAAAUAGUUUAUCUAGAGAUGAGUCAGAACUUAUGACUUUGGAUGCUAAAAAACUUCAAAAAGAUAAUGAGAUAUCACAUAAAUAUAAUUCAGUAAAACAAUCAUUCGAAUCUGAUAAUUUUAAUACUGAGACAACAAUCAAUAAUGGAAAAUCAAUAGAUAAAAUUGAUGCAAAUGAACGAAAAAUUAUAAUGGAAAACAUUGAAGAAAUACUUAAAUGGACGAAAAUAAAUCAAUAUGCUGAUAAAGAUGUAAAUGAAUGUAAAUUAGAAAAAAUCGGAAACAUUUGUAGUUCACUUUUGAGUAAACUCUCUAUUGGAGCCAGUGCCAUACCUGAUGGCAUACAUGUAGAUAAACGUAGAUGUUUAAGGGCAAUUAUUGAGGAUGAUGAUAAGAAUAAUGUGAAAUAA